AAACAUAUUCAAUAAUUUAAAAUGGACAUCUCCGACACGAUUAAAUUUCGCGACAUUUGCACAAUGAUGGAGAGGGUUAAGGUGGCAAAGAAUACGCAGCGCAAAGAGAUCGUCCUGAAGCGCUACUACGACUCCUUCAGCAAGCAUCGCGAGGCAUUCCGACAGAAUGCUGGCCUAACUGCCAAGCAAUCAGAAGACGGCAAGAGCAGCUUCUAUCCAGUGCUGCGUCUGUUGUUGCCCGGCGCGGAUAAUUCGCGCGACAAUUACGGCCUGCAGAUAACGGCCUUGGGACGCCUCUACACACGCGUCCUCCAGCUACCCAAGGACUCUGAUGAUGCGAUUCGCUUGCAGCAUCGAAGUUUCUCCUCGUUUCGUGACUAUGCGGAUGUGGUGCAUGCUGUCCUAUUGCCACGAUGCCACAACGAGCCCAGCAACCUGACACUCAAGCAAGUCCACGACAUGCUCGAUCUUAUUGCCAGCGAGGAUACGACUGUGAAGGAACGUGAGCUGAUCCGUUUUACAGAGCUGGCAUCGGCCCAGGAGCAAAAGUGGCUGAUACGCAUCCUGCUCAAAUCGAUGGGAUUGGGGAUUGGCGAGCAGCGGUUAUUCGGUCUGCUGCAUCCCAUGGCGAAGGACAUGUAUCAGCGCUGCUCGGAUCUGGAGCGUAUCUGUAAUCUGCUCGCUGACGACAAGCUAACGCUGGAGACAACGCCUGGUAAUGCCACCACCAGCAGCAGCAGCAGUGCCAAUAUCAGCGCUGUCAUCAAUUUAAACACAUUCAUUGAGCCCUUCCAGCAAAUACGUCCAAUGCUGUGCGAACGGUUUCCGGGCAAGAUCGAGGAUCUAAUGCAAUCGGAUGUCCUCUAUAUGGAACGGAAAAUGGAUGGUGAACGUUUUCAAUUGCAUUACGCACGCAAUCGAUUUAAAUAUAUAUCCCGCAAUGGUGCCGAUUACACAAAAAGCUUUGGCGAUAGCUACGAACAUGGAACACUAACGCCCCAGCUGCGAACACUGCUGCCCCUGGGCAUGGAAUCGAUAAUACUCGAUGGCGAGAUGAUGAUUUGGGAUACGCAACAGUUGCGCUAUCGCGAGAAAGGCGAAAACACAGAUGUCAAACAUUUAAAACCGGAUCGCAGCUGGCGUCCCUGUUUCGUUGUCUAUGAUCUACUCUAUUUGAAUGGUGGGAGUCUCCUCGAUAUGACGUAUGUGCAGCGUGCCCAUAAGCUGCAUGAGUUAAUCACCGAACAGCAGGGCGUACUCCAGCUAAUGAAGGCCGAGAAAAUUGCCUCGCUUGAGCAUUUCAAUACGCUCUUCCAACAGAUGCUCGACUCCAAUGCCGAGGGCAUUGUGCUCAAGAAGCAAAACUCAGUCUAUAAGCCUGGUGUACGUGUUGGCGGUGGCUGGUACAAGGACAAAGCAGAUUAUAUAGAAGGUCUGAUAACCGAGUUCGAUGUGCUGAUCAUUGGUGGAUUUUACAAUCGUAAACGGACAUUCAUUGAAUCGUUUCUGGUGGGCGUAUUGAAGCCCGGCGGCGACACGGAACGCGAUGAGGUCUACAGCAUUGGCUGUGUGGCCAACAAUACGCGCCAGCGUAGCGUGCUGCAUCACGAGCUGAGUCCGCAUUGGCGCAAUGCGAGCACAGACCCGCCACCGUUGUGGUAUCACUAUAAGCCCAACGAGAAGGAUGGCUCACCGGACGUUUGGAUCCAGCCCGACAAGUCCAUUGUAUUGCAGGUGAAAGCGGCUGACUUAACGCCAAAUGGUGCAUAUUUCACGCCCAAAUCGCUGCACUUUCCACGCACGCAGCUCAUGCGCGAUGACAAAGUGUGGAACGAAUGCAUGACGCUGCAGGAGUACACAGAACUGUGCCAGGGUCGCGGUGGCAUUAAAAAGCUGAACAAGCGACAGGCGAGCCUUAACGACUUUACCACGGAACGGAAGCGUCAAAAGAUAACGCCCGCUGAACGCAAUCGUCUUGGUUUGGCGGCCUAUGAGAAGCGCUACGAUGUAGAGCCCCUGGAGCACAGUUCGCAGCUGUUUGAUGGCUUCAGCUUUUGCAUAUUGAGUGGCGCUCGUGGCAAUAGCAAGCAGCAGCUGCAGACGCUGGCCGCCAAAAAUGGCGGCACAAUCGUUCAGAAUCCGUUGCCCAACGAUCCGAAGUGCAUUUGCAUAGCCGGUGAUCUGAUCUAUUUGGUUGAGCGUCUAAUGCAGCAGCAGCCGCGCACCAACAAUAUUCUACGGCUCGACUGGCUGUUGCGAGUGUGCGAGAAGCAGAAUAUCGAACUGCGUCCCAGGGAUGUCCUCUCUGCCACAAAUGCGCUGCAAUCACAAUUCGCCAAAAGCUUUGAUCGAUUGGGUGACAGCUAUACGGACAUAUUUUGCAGCAUUGAGGAGCUGCAGGAAGUGCUGCAGGAUAUUACCGAUACGCAGCUGGAUACUGUAGAUGUGGAGCAGCAAAAUCUGGACCAACUGGAGCAGCAACUAAUUGGCAACACUGCCGCAUACAACAUAUUUGCCAAGCACCACGGUUGCUUCUAUAAUCGGGACGCAGACGAGCUGGCGAGACUGCUUUUUAUGCAGCGUGGCGGUCAAUUGGUUAGCGAAUCGGAGCGUCAAAGUCUGACCAUUGUAUUUGUGUCUCCCAGUCGCCUGAAUCGCCAGGACUUUGAGCAGUGGCAUAAGCAGCACUUCGCCACACAUCCCAUACAAACGGUGAGCACGGAUUGGAUACGGCAAUCGCAUCGUGCACGUUGCGCUCUGCCAACAGCCGAGUUUCAUUUCGCAUUCUAGUUGCAUUCAUAGCAAACAAUUUGUAUAUAUAUAUUGUUGUUCACGUAUUCUAAAUACUAUUAUAUAUAUAAAAUAUAUUUAUAUUGUAAAUCGUUCCGCAAUAAAUACACGUUU